AUGAGAAGACGUUUCACAAGUCAAAAGAACACAAACGCAAAAGCAGAGAUUACGGUUGGUUAUAACGUAAAUGAUGAUAAAUCACGAAUUAUUCAAAAUGUUAAAGUUAAUGUUAGUCCUGAAUUAACAAGGUCAGCAACUCAACCAAAUUUAUUAACUCGUGACUUACCAAAGAAAGAGGAGGAGCAAAAUAAAGAAGAUGGAGACCCAAUCAUUUUAUCUGAACCCGGUAAAGAACCUGUUGAAAUUCCCACUUAUCCAACAUACCCAGCACCACUUGAUAACCCAUAUAAAAUAGACAUUAAUUCUGAAUUAAUGAAAAUUUACCGUGAUAUCAUAACUGAUAAUUAUGAUUCAAUAAUAAAUUUAAUUGACCAAUCCGGUUUAAUUAUUUUACCUUAUGAAUCAUUAAUUCACAUUAUCGCCAUUCUUUGUGAUGUUCAAGAUUCAGACGUGAAGAUUCAAUAUUUCAUAGAUGAUGAGGUUUCAUGCUGCGGAACAGUUGCAAAAAUAAAUCCUAUAAAGGAUAUUAGCACAAUUAAGAUAUCAAAGAACGGAACAACAACUGAACUUCAUUUAACAUAUAAUGAUAUUUAUAAUAAAAUAGUUGAUGAAUAUAAAAUAUCACUUGAAAAAUUCUUUGUUAAGGCUAUUUAA